GACAAAGUAGCCAUAUGACACCCCCAAGGACGAGAAACGUGAGUAGAGAAUGCACGCCGAAUAAUCUGAAAAGAAAGGUGGAUUGUGUAAUUUAUACAUCAAAUUCAAAAACUAGGUUGUGUUAUUCUCCACAAAUCAAUAAAUACAAUUCAAAUAAGAAGAAAAUACCCUCCGAUUUCGAAGAAGCGCUUGAUAGUUCGUCUGGUAUAUACUUUAGAUCAGGACGCCGAAUUCAUUAUACUUCAAGCUCAAAACCCCCUGUUAAUUCAAAUAAACUUGAAGUAUCCAAAAGUGUUGUUAGUUCGUCAGGUGAAAAGUGCACGCCGUCAAAAUCAUAUUCGCCAAAAACAAGAGCUUCAAUGGAACAAAAAUUACUGCCAAACUGUUCCCCCGAUAUUGUCUUUAAAUCAGGACGUCAAAUCAACCAUCACAUAAGCCCUAAAUUAAAAGCCAAAGGUAGGGGUAUUCAUGAAGAAUCGAAAAAUGCAAUCGCCACAAACAAAUCACCCCAAAUAAAGAAAACUCCUAUUAAAAAACAGUCUCCGCAAAUACUAAGAAAAUGUUCGGAACGACUAAAUCCAAGAAUCGCAGAUUCCCCCGAAACCUCUCCGGGCAUACACUUUAGAUCAGGGCGUCGAAUCUUUUACUCUCCCAAUCGAAAUUGUUAUAGUUCAACCCCAAUUAAAUCUCCAAGAAUGUCGGGAACACCGUCAAGCUCGUCAAACAAACAGGACACGUCGUCAGAAUUACUUCGUUUAAGGAGAGAAAAAACAAGAGGAGAUAAACUGACUCCGAAACUGAAAGAAUCGACGGAGAGUUCCAAAGGCAUAAUAUUCAGAUCAGGACGCCGAUUCUAUUGUUCCCCUAGUACCAAUUUAGAAGUUGAUCUCAACCAAGAAUCCAGAGGCCUAAUCACACCAAAGCAACCGCCACUUGAAAAACAUACGCCAUUAAAAUCUACAGAAUUUAAGAUUUCUUCAAGGAGCCUUCAAAUGUCGACAUCCGAAACUCCACGUGCAAGCCCAGUCACAAGGUCUUGUAGUAAAAAAUUGUCCAUAAGCCCCGCAAUACCAAUAAAGCAUGAGCGGAAUUCAAAAAAAUUAAAGGAAGAGGUUGGUUCUGAUCUUGACAAUACUGAAAAACCAAAGAUAAAAAAGAGAAAAAGAAUUAAGAGGAGAUUAUCUGAAGAGGAACCAUUUAUAAGAAGAAAGAAACUGCGAAGCGAAGUUAAAGAUGAUGAAUUAUGGGAAGGAUUUAUGCCCAUUCGUUUUAAACGUCUAACUCCAAAAAAAGGCGGUUCCUAUGAAAAUGACAAAUCCCAAAGGACAAAGAAAGGCGGUACGGACGGACAAAACACAGAUUCCAGUGCAAGUGACGGAAAUCAAAGAAGAUGCUUCACUGAUCUCUACAAUGACUUCUUGUUGAAAAGUGAAAGUUUGGCAAAAUAUCAACAGAGAACUGUAAGGAAUAACGUUAAAGGAUCGGUAUCCAAUGACGAAGUAAAUAAACAUCAGAACUGUUCCAAAGAAGUGCCAAAGUCGUCCAAAUCAACAAUCUUUACAAGAUAUGGUCAACAGAAAGGAGGAUUAGAUGUUCAAGAGAUUUUAUCAAAAUUCAAAGAGGAAUGCGAAAAUGAAAAGAAACGGAAAGCAAAGCAACAUGAAAAACCCAGUAUACCAAUGCUUACGGAUGAUGAUAACGAGUGUGUUGAAGACAAAAGUUGCAGUUUAUCAAACCAAACCACAUCAGUGGAUUGCUCUAUUAUCACUCCGAAGCGGAGUGCGAGGCUCCAAGAAAAACGAUCUUCGGGAAGGACUCCUAAGUGUCUUUCUAGCCAAGCUGUUCCCUCAAACCAACAAGAGACUGGUUCUAAGCUAAACAGAUCAGCAAGAGCUUUGCUGUCUGAUAGCACCCAGUUAAAUAGCUCUUCAGUAAUUACGGAUGAUUGCGGUGGCGGAAAGAAAAAUCUUGAGCUGAAAUUAACGAACGUUAAUGAACCUGCUACAAACAAAAACAAAGCUACAGCUAGGUCAACUAAAAGUGAGGAAAGAGAGCACCAAACCGCAGCUGAUGUUACAAAGAAUCAACAGAACACAACGAUUGAGCAAAACAAAGAUAUUGAAUGCCAAAGAGAAAUAAAGACGACCCCAAAAAGCAAAACACAGGCAAGUCAAGUAACAUUCAGUAUGGCCACCAGAAGAACACCUCACCGCAACAAAGUCAAACAAGGUGAUGAAAGAAAUCAAGAUAAAGAAACAAGUGGGAUUUGUGAGGAUUGUGAUACAGGUGUAACAAAAGAACAAGGGAAAUUAAUCAGGUUUAUUGACAAAAAGAAACCGAAUCGAGACCAGGACAAAAAAAGACAUCCUGAAUUAAUUUCUGCGAGGGAAUCGUUAGACUAUGACAUUCAAGAGGAUGAAGAUAAUAAAACAAAACUAGAACAGUCAAACGACUCUCAGUUCAUCAAACUACAAACAGGUGCCCCUACUCAGGAAUGUAUGGAGGAGACAGGGGCUGUUCAAAAUCAUAUUAUUAACUCGAGUCAUUCAACAGAGUUCAGUAACAAUGCACUUACAAAAACUGCUAAAAGCCCAAUAAACAUCAGUCAAAAUGAUGUACAUGUAGAAACGCAGAUUACUUCCUUACUAGAGUAUGAAAAUGAAUGUGCGAAAGAAGGAACGAAAGACAACCAGAGAGUACAAGAUAACAGAAAUGAAAUUAUCAUGGAGAAAUCGAAUAUUGAUAAACAAAGAACAGAGAUAAUUGGUAGCUUGCAAUUAGAUAUUAUUACAGAUAUUUUGCAGACAAUUGUAUAUCAGGUAGAAGAAUCUGCGAAAAUUAGAGAGGUGAAACUUGCGGGAAAAUGUAGGCCCACAGAAAAUCGCGAGAUGCCUUCUCAUGAAUCACUGCCUGAAAUAUCGGAACAUACCAGUCAGAAAUAUUCGGUAUCUAGUGUCAGAACAGAACACCAUGGCCAAGUACAGAGCAGUCGAACCACUCUAAACUCAAAGACUGAAGAAGCUGAGGCAAAACAUGAACCACUCAAAAUUGUGGUCAGGAAAACGGACCAUGGCGCUCAGAUAAUCAAACAGUCUCAUCAACUCUCGGGCGUACAGCAAACCCCUGAACGAUACUCAAUUGGCCCCAAAACCACAGAAAAAGGACUCGUGAAAAAUUCACAAGAUAUGGUAAAGAUAAAUAAGAAGGAGGGCGCGGCUUUACGUAAGCAGACUCGUAGCAAGACUCGCUCAGGGGAGGGGGAGGUAGCCUGUGUUUUAGAUAACCCAGAUAUAGAGCUAAGACCGUCCCGCAACAAAGAAAAACAACAUCCCAGGUCAAUGCCAGCUAGUGUGUCAAAUGACAAAACUAGCACACUUUUUAAUUCAACGGCAUCGACUCCGACAAGAAGUUCGGCUGCAGACCUCGCUUUACUUCAGAAUCAGACAAUAGGAAAACAUGCCAGUAUUCUUUGGUCUAGUGAGAACCGGCGACACUUUCAACUGACCUGCCAGGGUCGCGAUUCUGCGGGGGUGGAGGAGAUGAUGCGGAUAGCGUGGGAGGCUCUGGGAACCAAAGAGAGGCUGAAGUACUACCAAAGAGCGCAAAGCGCCACCAAGGAUGAAAAUCGUCAUUCUACGACCAAAAAGAAAAAAGACCAAGCAAGCAAAGAAGACUUUAGUUCUGAUUCCCAGAUGAAGUAUUUUCUUCAACUAAAGAGAUCUGAACAACAAUUGGAGAUUGCCAAGAAUUUAGAAUACAUAUCUGAAACGUCAAAAGAAACGUAUAUCAGAAUGAUGAAGGAAUUCAAAAUAGAAUCUCAGAAAGCAAAGAAGAAGGAAUCCAAAACGACAGACAUGCAAGGGGUGUACCAUAAGCUCCUUUAUCAAAUAAUUCUCGACGCAAGGGAAACCGUUCGUCACAUAGAACGUCAGAAGCGCGAUCAAGAGAGAAUAGCAAUGCGGGAGGAAUUCAGCGAAAUCACCCGGAAGUUGAUUGUUGGAGAAGGUGUCAGUUUCUCGAAGCACAUUCGCUCGGAAACCCUUGCCGAACUUCUGCUAGAUCUCAACGACCUGGAAACGAACAGCAAAGUGUCAGUCAAUGGUGUGCCCAUCGUGUGCAGCGAAUACAACGCCAUUUUGGAUGAUUUGCUCGAUUGUGAAUUCGAGUUCGCUGACUGUUCAGUCCUUGAUGAUCUUCCAGAAGCAAAUUCACAGGUUUCUACGGAAAUUCUUUCUCAGAUGCAUCAAGAAACGUUACCAGAUUUAGAGGUCACAGAUGAGUAUCUCAUUACCAUGCCUACCAAUUCAGCAAGCAAUAACAUUUGUCAAGAGAGAAUGGAAUUGAUUUCAUCAGAUUUUGACAAAAUCACAUCUCAGUCUUCUAGAGAAUCUCAGCUAGACAAUCCUUCGAACUGUUGCGAACUGAACUCGCCUUCCUGUUUUCUCAAUAACUGGUUGGUAGCGGACCAGUUUCGACGUUUGUCUCAAGGCUGUGUACGUAACGAACAGAUUCUCAUAGACCCAAAACUUUUGGCGCCAGUUCUUAGACCAUUAAAACGAAGAAAACCUCAAGAAAGGUUUCUACCCCGUAACAAUCAGGGGGCCAAAAGUCAGAACUCAAACAACAACUUCUCAGAUAUGCACUUGCAAGCUGUUCCCACUGUCUAUCAAUAUCCCUAUGAUUUGGUAACCUUUUCUCGAUCCGCCAAUGUGAUUUCUUCCACAGUUAACAAUGGUGGUAUCAGAUACAUCUAUACUCAAGGAAAGAGCAGCGACGGCAGUCAAUUGUCUCAUUGAUUCAA